UGCUGUCCUGAGUUCUGAACACUAUGGGUGAGGGUGGGGUGAAGUGAUGGGAACUCCACGGGGCCAGUUAAGAUCUCAUUCUGGCUCUUACUGACGCUUCUUCCCAAUCAAAGCAGGGGCGGAAGACCAGAGGCAUCAGACCUUCCUCUAAAGGCUCUGAGCUCCAGCCAGCGUCUGGACUAUAUAGCUUUCCAGUUCUCCAGAGAUAAGCAUAACUUCUUCAUUUCUUGGCAUAGUUGUUGAUAUGUCCUGUUCCCAAGAUAACCAGCACAUCUAUAAUGAAAUAACAGAAGUGAAAGCUGAAAUUGGGUGUUCAAGACAUGGCCUGGUCCCCCUGGUGCUGCAGCUGCUUUUCCUCAUCCUCUUCUCUGCGGUCUUUGUGGCAUUUCUUCUCCAAGCUCCAAAGGUUCCUUGCACCCAGGAUCAGGCGGAGAUCUACCAGGAGCUCAUGCAGCUGAAGCUUAGAGUCGACCUCCUGUGCCGACCCUGCUCCUGGGACUGGAUCUUCUUCCGUGGAAACUGCUACUUCUUCUCCAUAACUAAACGUAACUGGACUGAUUCCCUCAUUGCUUGCCAGGAAGUAGGGGCACAACUAAUCAUAAUUGAAAGUUAUGAGGAACAGGACUUCCUACUGAAGAUGUAUAAGAUUAAAGGCCGACUCUGGAUUGGGCUGUCAGACAUGAAACAUGAAGGUUCAUGGCAGUGGGUUAAUGGUUCUUCUUUGUCACCAAGCUUUAAAAAAUAUUGGACCUUAUGGAAAAAUGAAGGCCAUUCAGAGAAGGACUGUGCAGAACUGACAGACCAUGGCUGGAGUGAAGACAACUGCAAAACGAAGAAAUUCUGGGUUUGCAAGAAGUCCUCAGUAUCCUGCCCCAACAACUGAUGUUCAGGUUCUCCCAUGAGCCCUCGAAGCUUCAACCUCCCUGACAGGUGACCAGACUUUAUCUACUCUCAUGCCGAUUCAUUUUUCCUGUUAACAAUAUUGUCUUUGGUAAGGUCCCUCAUCUUCUCAGGGGCUGGUCCACUACUGCUGUCCCUCGAAUUAUCUCCAGACCCCACUUGGUUGUUGUUCCGGCAUUUGUUUGUACUUAAUACAAUGACUAAGUGUGAGACAUCCUCA